CAUCGUCGUCUUUUAUACUUCUACUUUAUAGCACCGUCUCUUCACUGCUCAUCGUCGUCUUCGUCUGUCGUAGUCGUCGUAGUUGUAUCGUAUGAAAAAUUCCUUUCACUCGGCCAUUUUGGCGAAAAUUUUUUCCAUCCAUCCAAGUGCAAGUGAGAAAAUUCUCGACGAAAAGUCAAAUUUCUCUGAAAGAAACAUUAAAACGCAGUUUUCAUUUGGAAAGGCGUUUUAGUUUUCAAGAAAAUCCAUAAAGUUCAGCCGGGUGCAGUUGAGGCUACAGUGUGUGCAGUGCACCAGCAGCAGAGCACACCAUAUUUUUUUUUUCAAACUCUUCCUUUUUUAAGAAGAGAACCCAGCAUCAUAUAUUUUUAAUUUUUAAAGUUCAAAGAUGAAUGUCGAGAAAUUGAAACGCCUCCAGGCUCAGGUAAGAAUCGGUGGAAAAGGUACCCCACGUCGUAAGAAGAAGGUUGUGCAUCAGACCGCAGCCACCGAUGACAAAAAAUUACAGAGUUCUCUGAAGAAGCUCUCGGUGAGCACGAUUCCGGGCAUCGAAGAGGUUAACAUCAUCAAGGACGAUCUGAGCGUCAUUCACUUCAAUAAUCCCAAGGCACAGGCAUCGCUGUCGGCGAAUACGUUCGCCAUAACCGGACAUGGGGAGAAUAAGAAGAUUGUUGAGAUGUUGCCAGAAAUUCUGCCACAAUUGGGCCAGGACACGGUUGUUCAGUUGAGGCGAUUUGCAAGUAACAUCAAUGCGGCACACAAGAACCUCAGUAGUGUGGUGGAGGAGGACGAUGUGCCCACAUUGGUGGGUGACUUUGAGGAGGCCUCGAAGUAUGAGGUCAAUCCGGUUAUUGUGCCUUUAGCUGAGGAAAUCAAAGAGUUGCAGGAAGUCGUUAAAGAACAGAAGGAUGUGGGUCAGAAUAAGUCGUCAAUCAAUGAAGACGGUUUGAAGAAGGAGGAAGAAGGAGACAAGAAAUCAGUAGAUAACAAGUCAUCGAAGAAGGAUCAAAAGGGCAAGGAAGGGGGAAAGAAAGGUGACAACAAGAAUAAGCCAUCCAAUGAGAGUACAAAGAAAGAAAACUCAAUUAAGCAAAACGAUGUAAAUAAUGUAAAUGAAGGAAAGAAAGACCAGAAAGCCAGUGGGGGUCAAGGAAAGGGUAAUAAGAAGGGUAAGGGAGGAGGUGAGGCGGAUAAACCUAAAGAAGCCGAAACUGCUGUGAAUAAAACAGCAACCGCUCCAGUCGAGGUUAAACCAGAACAGAUUCAAGCUAAAAAAGUAGAACAAGUCCAAGCGAAGAAACCUAAAGAAGCUCCCAAGAAGUCGGAAGCACCUGUAGCUAAGACUUCUUCAGAGGGACAGAAGUCUCCUACCGAUGGUCAGAAAUCACCAAAACCAGCUCAGAAGGCGGAGAAUGAGAAGAAACCUGAAGCAACUGAGAAGAUAGAAGUGCAAAAGCCAGUAGUAGUACAAGAAGCAGCUAAAAAGACAGGAACUAUCCCAAAGACUGCUGAAAUUCCGAAAGAAGCACAAAUCAAAAAUGAAGUAGUAGCAAAACCAGCCGAAGCAACAAAAACCGAAAAGUCCGCUGCAAAACCGGUUGAAGCUCCAAAGCCGGUAGAGACACCAAAAGCAGUUGAAAAACCUAAACCAGUUGAAGCUCCAAAAGCUGUUGUAGCUCAAGCUCCUCAACCAGUAAAGGAAGUGAAGCCAGUAGAAGCUGCCAAGCCAGUAGAAUCGCCAAAAUCAGCAGAAGCUCCAAAGCCAGCAGCUGCACCUAAACCAACUGAAGUUGCAAAGCCAGUUGAAGCACCUAAAGUAGAAGCUCCAAAACCUGCAGAAGCACCUAAGCCAGCUGUGUCUCCUAAACCAACAGAAUCGCCUAAACAACAAGCGGCUGCCCCGAAACCUGCCGAAGCACCAAAGCAAGCAGAAGCACCCAAACAGGCUGCCAAACCCGUUGAAUCACCUAAAAGUCUAGAAGCUGCAAAACAAGUGGAGACACCAAAACCAGCGGAAGCUCCCAAGGCUGUAGCGGAGCCAGCCAAACCAGUGGUAGAAGCACAGAAAGCACAGGAAUCAAAACCUAAGCAAGACUUAAAACUAGUUAUCCCUCCGAAGGAGGCAGAAACUCCAAAAACUGUGGAAACACCAAAAUCAGGCGAACCACCAAAACAACCAUCAACACCGAAAGCCGCCCUAACACCAACAUCAGCUGGAAAUAAGCAAUCAGACGCACCGAAGAAAUCACCAAGAAGUCCCAAAACAUCGGAGUCGAAGGGAGGGCUACCAGCAAAGCCUGAAACUACAAGAAAGCCCGCACCUAAGGUUGCUGAAUCACCAAAAACACAUGAAGCUGCUAACAAAUCUCCAACCACAGCAAAACCAGUAGAAAGUGCCAAACCUGUUUCAGUUCCAAAGACUCCAGAAGCUGCAAAACCAUCUCCAGAAACUCCAAAACCAGCUCAAGAAUCAAAACCAGUGGAAACUCAAAAGAAACCAGAGACACCUAAACCAGCCGAAGCUCCUAAGGUUGUUGAGGCAGCAAAGACUCCAGAAUCUCCGAAGCCAGUUGUAGCUCCAAAGCCAACUGAAGCACCAAAAACACCCGAUUCACCGAAACCAAUUGUUGCUCCUAAGCCAGUUGAAGCCGCAAAGACACCAGAAACACCCAAGCCAGUAGCAGCUGUAGCCCCCACCGCCGCCAAGCCGGCCGAAGUAGUAAAAACACCUGAACUGCCAAAACCAGUGGAAGCUCCUAAAUCAGUGGAAGCUCCUAAAACACCAGAAACUCCAAAACCAGUCGAAGCUCCUAAGCCAGUUGAAUCACCCAAGACAGGAGAAGCGCCAAAGACACCUAUUGCUGCAAAAAUUGUUGAAGCUCCCAAAACACCUGAUGCGCCAAAAGACACCCCAUCUUCUCUUCCAACAGCAGCAGCACAAUCAAAACCUGAAGUCAAGCCAUUAACACUCGCUGAUGUUAUUAAAUCGCAAGAAUCAUCUGGACAAGUGCCAUCGCCCACAGUUGCUGAUGUUCCUUCUCCUGCUGCUGCUGCCGCACCAUCUCCAACUGCAGUAGUAGCACCAAAGACACCCGAAGCAACGAAACAACCUGAGUCACCGAAAAUAAUCGAGCCAGUAGCUGAAGCCGCCAAAAAACCCGACCAGCAACAAAAGAAUAACAAGGCACAAUCGCCAAGGCCAAAACAAGGCAGUCCAGCAAAGCAGCAGCCACCAAAACAAAGCACACCGAAACCUCAGGACAAGCAACCUUCUCCUAAGCCACAACAACAACAACAGCAACAACAACCAAAACAACCGUCCCCGAAACCAGCAACCGCUCCUAAGCCUCAGCCUCAACAAAAGCCAGCGCCACCAGCUUCACCAGUUAAACAAGAACCUGGUUCUCCUGUAAAAGCUCCAGGAGUUGGAUCAACUCCUGCAUCGCCUGCAAAGUUAGAGCCACCUUCGCCUAAGCCAGCACAACAGCCCAAGCAGGCCUCUCCGAAACCCCAGCAGCCAAAGCAAAAGGCAAAGUCUCCACAGCCACCACAACAAUCCCAACAAAAGCCACAAGCUAAUGCUGCUGCUGCUGCUGUUGCUGCUCCACCACCAGCACAACCACCACAACCCGCACAACCGGAAAAGAAGUAGAUAGAAGUCGAGAAGUUCUCACCCAGCAGCAUUAAACAGACGAGCCCUCACUUGUUCUAUUUUCACAAAAUCAUACAUCACAACGACUAAUGUUCCUUAGAAUGGCAAUGGGCCUACUCGCUUCGCCUUAACACAAUAUUCUAGUCCUACUCGAACAUAUUGUUACUCACGACAGUUCCUCAAGCUUUUAAUCUCUUUUUUCUUCUAUUACUAAGUUUGUUUUUUGUUUGUGUUUUGAAAAUGUUUGUUACUUAAAGAAAAGGAAAGGCUGCAGAGGUGAAUCCUAACAUAAUACACUAAGUGUUCUUCGCUCAACGUAUUUAUACGCUCAUCAUCGAAUCACCACUUCCAUUAAACCAUCUUUCAAGAUCCACUCCACAUCAAACCAAUCCAUCCAUUUAUUGAAUUGAGUUCUUAUCCCACCAUUUAUUUGCAUUUCUAUAAACUUUUAGGGAACCCAUCCCAGGUUCCAAGGUUGUUUUUCUCUUUAUGUUUGCCCGUUUUCGAGUUAUACACUUGCCUUUGAGAUUUUUUGAGAUAUUCAUAAUUUUUUUUUCUUGUAGAAACGUAAAAAAGACGCGUUUAUUUCAACGCAUUUUUUUCUCUUCUCUUUGAUUUUACAACGAAUUUUUUAAACUUAAUAUUUUGUAGAUUAUAGUUUUUGUUUUUGGGUUUUAGGUUUUAACGUUUCUAACUCACUUUUUAGAAAUCCCGCACCGAAAAACUCAUAAACCAGUCUUUUUAAAAAAAUACUCAUUUUUAUUUUAUAUUUUUAUUUGAAUGAAUAAAGACAAAAGAAAAUUGUUUUA